UUCCUGUUUGCGCUGCGUGAGCGGAAACCCAGGCUCUGUCUGACAAACCAAAACAGCUUCACGCCAGGCUCCAGAGGACUGUAAUUACAUAAGUCACUCAAGCAAAAUACACUGAUCACUGAAUUCCAUGUUACAAAUAUGAGUUCGGCUAACUCCACACUCGAUGAUGAAGACACCUUUAAGAUCUUGGUAGCCACUGACAUUCACCUGGGGUAUAUGGAAAAAGAUGCGGUGCGUGGAAAUGACAGCUUUGUAACUUUUGAUGAAAUACUGAAGCUAGCUCAAGAUAAUGAAGUUGACUUUUUGUUGUUUGGGGGCGAUCUUUUUCAUGACAACAAACCCUCCAGGAAAACCACCUACACAUGUCUUGAAUUAUUAAGAAAAUACUGCAUGGGAGACCGUCCUGUACAGUUUGAAAUUCUAAGUGACCAGUCUGUCAAUUUUGGUUAUAGCAAAUUUCCUUGGGUUAAUUACCAGGAUAACAAUCUAAACAUUUCAAUUCCAGUCUUUAGUGUUCAUGGAAACCAUGAUGAUCCAACUGGGGCAGACGCUCUUUGUGCGCUGGAUAUUUUGAGCUGUGCAGGACUUGUAAAUCACUUUGGUCGCUCUACAUCUGUGGAGAAGAUCGAUGUGAGCCCAGUGUUAUUACAAAAGGGCAGAUCUAAGAUAGCUUUAUAUGGAUUGGGGUCCAUCCCAGAUGAAAGACUUUAUAGGAUGUUUGUUAAUAAACAAGUGAUGAUGUUGCGCCCUCGCGAAGAUGAAGCAACUUGGUUUAAUCUCUUUGUUAUUCAUCAGAACAGGAGCAAGCAUGGAGCUACAAAUUAUAUCCCUGAACAGUUCCUAGAUGAUUUUUUGGACUUGGUUAUCUGGGGUCAUGAGCAUGAGUGCAAAAUUGCGCCUGAAAGGAAUGAACAGCAACUUUUUUAUGUUUCACAGCCUGGAAGCUCUGUUGCAACUUCUCUUUCACCUGGAGAGGCAGUAAAAAAACAUGUGGGUCUCUUGAGAAUUAAGGGAAAGAAAAUGAACAUGCAGAAGAUUCCAUUGCAGACCGUCAGACAAUUCUUCAUUGAAGAUAUUGUGCUAGCGGAUUAUCCAGACAUUUUCAAUCCAGAUAACCCAAAAGUGACACAAGACAUUGAAAACUUCUGCAUUGAGAAGAUUGAAGCAAUGCUGGAAACUGCUGAAAGAGAACGUCUGGGAAAUUCACGACAGCCAGAAAAACCUUUGAUAAGACUUCGGGUUGACUAUACCGGUGGUUUUGAGCCUUUCAACACUCUACGAUUCAGCCAGAAGUUUGUUGAACGAACUGCCAACCCCAAGGAUAUAAUACACUUCUUCAGACAUAAAGAACAAAAAGACAAGAAAGAUAUUGCACCAAUUAACUUUGGAAAUAUUGAGCGCAAAGCUUCUUCUGAUGGUACAACUUUGAGGGUUGAAGACCUUGUAAAGCAAUACUUUCAGACCGCUGAGAAGAAUGUGCAGCUCUCUCUCCUCACUGAACGAGGCAUGGGAGAAGCGGUGCAGGAAUUUGUGGACAAAGAAGAGAAAGAUGCUAUUGAGGAGCUUGUAAAAUUCCAAUUAGAAAAAACACAGAGGUUUCUGAAGGAACGCAAUAUUGAUGCUGAAGAGGAAAAGAUAGAUGAGGAGGUACGAAAAUUUAGAGACACUAGAAAGACUAAUACAAAUGAGGAGGAUGAAGAGGUUCGAGAGGCUAUUAACAGGGCCAGAGCUCACAGGUCACAGGUUGAAGAUAUCAAUAUGAGCGAUGAUGACAUCAUAGGAAGGAAGACAGCGGAUCCAACCUUUGAUGACUCUGAUGAUCCUAGCUCACUAGUUCCAGCACGAGGCAGAGGAAGGGGACGGGCUAGAGGAGGCAGAGGACAAAGUUCAUCUACAAGAGGGGCUUCUAGGCGAGGAAAAGGCAGUGUAAGCAGUGAACCACCAUCCAGUGGAAGAGCAUCAAAGGCUUCUGCCAAGAACAUGUCUAUCAUGGACGCUUUCAAAUCAUCAUCAUCUUCAAGACAGCCAACAUCAAGAAAUGUCCCUGCAAAGCAUUAUUCAGAGAUCAUUGAAGAUGACGACUCGGAUAUUGAAGAAGUUUCUUUUACACCAUCCAGUCAUGCUGCCAAAAGAUCUACCAGCACCUCAUCUUCAUACAGCAGGAAAAGCUCACAGGUAACCAGAGGGACACUUUUCGAAGAUGAUGAUGAUGAGGAUGAAUUUGACCCUUUCAAGAGUGCAACCAGUUCUAGAAGGAAUCGUAGAUAAAACUUUGUUAGUUAUUGAAGAGAAUGACAUUAUAUUUUAUAUCUGUACAUUUUAAUAGAAAAUCAAUCUGUUUUUGGUUUACUACAAUAAUUGAAGAAAAUUACAAAAUCAGGCACGUGUGCAUGUUUUUAAAAUGUGUAUUUCACUUGAAUAAUGUGUUUAGCAUACAGGCAAUUACAGAUAUAUUUAUUGUAUGUACACUUGGAUUACUGCCAAGAACAAAUUAUCCUUGUCAACCCAUUAGUUGUACUGUAAGUAUAGUAAAAUCUAAGACAAUAAAAUAGAUUUUCAGUUUUGAAAAUGGCAA